AAUGAGACUUAUUCAAGUGGCAGGCAUGCAUUAGUGUGUCUUUAACUGUGUUUCAUUAGCUUGGGACCACUAACAUAUUGCAAGUCACAAUUACAACAACUUUGGUUUUGCUUGCGGUUUUAGGCUUUUAGCUCAGUCUCCACCACACAAACAAGGAAAAGAAAAUCCAAACAAAAGAAAUAGAUGAAUAAGCAAUUUCUCCCAUGCAUUUAGAAACCACAUCAUCAUCACUAUAUCAUCAAUGGCACUUAGCCUCAAAUUCCUUCCAUUAUCAUCAAUGAUCUCCACUUCACCUCAUAACAAACUAUCACUAACCAAUUUUCCUUAUUCUGCACCUCAUCAGCAGCAACCAAAGAGCAGCAGUACUAACCCUUCUCCUCCAUCACAACAACUCGCUCCAAUUCAUACUCUUCGCUUUCGCUUAUCAUAUAGAUAUCAUUACCAAGAUGAAGAUGAAGAUGAAGAUGGUUUCAGCUUUAACGAAGCAGUUGCUCUCUUCAACAAAAUGGAAUACUAUAAGUGCCAUGACUUUCUUGAAGCUCUAUGGAUCAAAGCUGAAGACCCUACCAGAACACUUAUUCAUGGUAUUCUGCAAUGCGCUGUCGGAUUUCAUCAUCUCUUUAACCAGAACCAUAAAGGAGCAAUGAUGGAGUUGGGAGAAGGACUGUGUAAGCUUAGGAAGAUUGAUUUUGAGAGUGGACCUUUUCAUCAGUUUGAGCAGGAAAUUUCUGCUGUUCUCCAAUUUAUUUAUCAAACUCAGAUUGAACUUGCUGCUUGCAGUGACGAUUUAUGCGUAGCCAUGGAUCAAACAGAGAGGUCAUACCAGCUUCUUGGGGGUUAUGCUGCUGGGCAGCUUUGUUACAGUCUAGAAAAUGACCCAGUGGAUGAUGGUAUGAAUAUUGUAUUCUGUCCUCCCAGGCCUUAUAACUCUGGUGACCCACCCAGAGUAAAGCUUCCCAUCCUGAAGGCUGCAGAAGAACAUCUUAUGGCUCUUAACACAUAAUAUAUACAUACAUUCUUCACCCCACCUCAAUUUUCUUUUUUCUUUUUUCUUUUUUCAGAUAAGAGACUAGGCUCCAAAUCCAUGAAUCUCAUUUGUAAUCAUUAUGCACUAUCUUUCUCUUCUUUUUUCUUUUUUUAGAAAUAUACUGUCAGAUGGGUUUCGAACUCCUUUAUCUAAAUGUUCUCAUUGCAACACAUGAUAUGAUUUGCAUUAACUUAUCAA